AUGGCUGACAAGAGAUACAAAAAGUCAUUCGAGUACUAUACUAAUCGGAAGAAUACAGCUGUAAGCAUUAUGAGAGACGCUUCUUCGUACCUUGAAAGACAACAGAAGCAAUCGACUUCCCCCUUUAGAGUUAAGUCUAAUUACUCUAUUGGAGAUUUGAGAAAAUCAUGCAAUGUUAACAGGUUUGCUUCUAAUUCUCCAAAGAAUACUCCAAGAGUUCCUGGAAGUAUGAAUCAUCCGACAUUGCAGAGAAAGGGAACUUAUAGCAAGCUUGGGAAUUUUACUAAGUUUGUUAAUACCAAAACUCCAAUUAGGAAGAAUAUGAAAUAAGUUAAAACUCUCCGACCUUGAUAUAUACUCCUCCCAAUUGAAAAAUUGUAUCAAGAACAUUACUCAGACGGCCAAAAAUAAAUCUUUGAAACGGUUUCAGAAAAAGUUGGGACUCAGCACAUCUCCCUUGGCUAAAGCUGUUGAGUCAGAUUCUGACUCAGAUCCAGAACCACAGAGAGGUCUCUUUCUCACUCCUGCACAAAAGGAGAAGAAGGAAAUUUUGGAGUUAAAGAUCGAAAAUCGCUUGUUAAUCAAAAAGAUAAAGGAGUUAAAUGAAAAGCUUAAUUCAAUUAUUGAUAACUACAACCACUUGGUUAUCCAAGAAAAUCCAUACCCAAAAAGUGAAAGACAUUACCAAUCUCUCCGUAACCCCGAGAAAGACUCAGAAGUCCUUGACAUGAGUAUAAAAUAACGCUAAAGCCGAACUUCUAACCAUCAAAAGAGACCUCUCAAACAUAAAAUCCCUUCGCUCCAGAAUCACUGACCCCACUCUUCUCCCCAGACUCAUCGAUCAGAACGAAGAACUUGUCAGGAAAAUAACAGUUCAGAGAUCCUUACUGAAAAGUCUGAAGAGAACCGAACAGAUAGGGAUGAAGACUAGUGGAUCAACUGAUAGUCUGAGGAAAGCAAGAGAUUUGAGUAGAGAAAAGUCAGAGGUCCAGUUGAAGAUUGAACAGAUUGUUAAGGAUAAGCAGAGGAUUGAUAAACAAUAUGCUCAGACACAAGAAGAAGUUAAGGCUAACAAGGAUAAGGUCCGAGGAGUGAUGACUAAUGGCCUCCAGGUUGGAGUCAACUUCUCUGAUGAAAAAGCAGCACAAAAGAGAUUUGAUAUCCAAGUUGCACAUAAAUCAGCUGAAAAACAGCUAUCUAUUCUUAAUUUUGCACAUAUGAGUUGUCAGAAGAGAUACAAAUUAAUGAUCGCCAAACAAACUAAAGAGAUCUCAGAUAUAGAAAAAGAACUCAAGCUAGAUACUAAAAGGCUUCGCUUACAAACUAUUCUUUGAGAUCGUUCAGAGAGCUUAGUUAAGCUCUAUAAAGAUGCAUUUGAUGAUUUAAUGAACAAAGUUGAAACACCUGAUCCUAAACCAUCGGCAACUGUUAAAUUUAUCAAACCUGAAAUCACUCAGAUUGAUGAGGAGAAUGAAGCAUCAGUUAAAUUUCUGAGCUCUUCAAUCCUUUACGAGAAAAGCGAAUCUAGUUUCAUCAGACAGAAGUCAACUGCUAGGUUUGAAGAGGGAGAAGAUAUAAAAGUUUCCGACAAAGCAGAUGCUAAUGUUCCAGAUACUAGUCUAAUCACUUCUUUUAACGAGAAGUAUAAUGAAGACCUUUCAGUGGUCAGUGGCCAUGUUAAGUCAGAUAAAGGUUCCUUCUUUGGCGGGACAGGCUCGGUUGGAACAGUUCCUCAAAAAUAAACUAUUUUUGUCUA